AUGAGUAGUAAUGAUGAUGGUAGACGACGUGCAAAAACUUCCUCACAAUCAUCAAAACGAAAUAAUCGAGAGACAAGUUCUUCAAAACGUUCGGCAAGUUCGAAAAUUAAUCGAACAACAAAUGCAACAUCAGCAACAUUAGAUAAAUAUAAAAAACAUGGAUCGAGUGGCAAAACUCCAACAUCAAAAUCACCAUCAGCAAAUCGUAAAAGUGGUUUAAGAGGAAGGAAAAAUGCAUUUAAUAUGGGUGAUACAGAUAGUACAGAAAUGGCAGAACAAAAUGAUUCGGAAAGACAAGAUCUAACAUCUCGUGGUCUUUCAAUUGUACCAACAGACAUAUUCGAUCUUAUUACUCUUCGUCGAUUAGUUUUAGCAAAUAAUAAUAUAUCAAGUUUACCAGCAAAUAUUCGUGUAUUAGUUAAUCUUGAAUAUCUUGAUAUAUCACGAAAUCCAUUACGUGUUAAAAAUGGUAUUGAUGAUUAUACUUGUAUACCACGUGAAUUUAAUCAAUUACGAAAUCUUCAUACAUUAAUUAUGGCUGAAUGUACAUUAAAACAAAUUCCUGUUGCUGUAUGGAAUACUAUUAGUAUUCAAACACUUGAUAUAAGUCGAAAUAAAGUUGGUUUUAU